AUGGGCUGGGGCUUUUUUGGAGAUGCUGUUCGUUGGGUCGCGAGUGUCCCUACAAAAAUCGUCAACACAAUCAUGCCACCUCCACCGCCACCACCUCCACCGCCGCCACCACCACCGACAACGGCCCCACCUCCUGGAACCACUCCUGAACCACCGGCACCGACUACGCUGUCCACAACUACGGAGGCACGCAUGGCGAUGGGCCUCGUCAUCGUUGGCGUGUUCCUUCUGCUGCUCGUGUGCUGUUCUGCUGCUGGAAUAUUUUUCUACAUGAAGAAGAAGAAGGCGAAGCAACAAGAGUUGGAUGCUGCUGCAGCUGCAGUAAAUACACCCAUGAGUCCUGAACAGUUGGAAUCGGGAACUACUGGAACAACUGGAACCACCGGCACCACUGGAACCUCCUGCGUGAGUACAGCAACUGGUACAACUGCUGCAGGAAAGAAAAAGAAGAAGAAGAAGAGCAAAAAUAAGAAGACAACUACCACUGCUUCUACUAUGCAGUAA